AUGUGCCUCGCCGGCGAUUGGUCGACGAGCAGAUGGCCGCCGGUGGACUUGACGGAGUCCGGCAAUGCCACGGCACAAGGUGGCGGUCGGCAAGAUCGUCAGCCGUUCUGUGAUCCGCACAACCGGAAUCAUCCGCAAGAGCAGCUUCAUCCGCAAAGCCAUCCUCAGCACGCCCCCAUCGCCGGCCUCUCCGGGCAUCCGGCGGCCGAGGGAGCACGCGCGACUGCGCGCGGCGCGGCUGAAUGCGCAAGGGCCGGCAGGACUGCGAGAGAACCCGCCUCUGCAGGGGGUACCGGUGGAACGGGCGGAUGGAGGGGCGGCAUCGCAGAGGAGAACAGGAUAGUGGUGGGCGCGCCGGCGCUACUAGCGAGCGCAACGACUGGCGGAGACCGCCUGGGCGGAGUGAUGCGUGGCGUAGUGACAGCGCCGCCCCAACAAACCGCCCACGCACAGACGCAAGAGUGUGCUGCUGCUGCUGCCGAGACGCCUCACACAUCCCAGGAACAGGAACGAGUGCCGGAACUACUGCGCAGUCAAUCGCCAGCCGGAGGGACGAGCGGGCAGCCACACAUAGCAGCCGAUGCAACAGGUGGUGCAUGCACAGACACAGCCAUGGCAGCAGGCGCAGCAACAGGCGCGGGUGGUUCCUUACGUCCGCCCUCCAUCCUUCCGCCUUCCAUGGUGGCCCUCCCUGCAACUGCUCUGCUGCCGCUGCCCUGGCAGCACCUGCUGCCCCACCGUCCCUCCACCCACGUCCUGCUACCGCUGCCCUCUCCUCCCCAUAUCCCCGCUUUGCCCCAGCCCUUGCCCCUUAUGCCACAGCCCCCGAUACUAUCACAGCCUCAGCUGCUAUCACAACCCCGCCUGCUUAUAUCACAGCCCCAACUAUCAUCACAGCCUCAGCUGCUUAUUGCACAACCCGAGUCCUCAUCACAGCCCCCACUCCAGUCUCCUCUGCCCUUCCAGUCGUCUCCCCUCGUCCCAGCACCGUGGCCUGCCAUUGCACCCCCACCAACACACGGGGUCGGUUUAUCGACUGUUGCCCCCCACCCUCUGCCUGCCAACUCUUCUGCAAUCGCUGCCACUGCUGCGCCUGCCACCACUGCUUCUGUCACUGCUGCUGCCGCAGGUGGCGGGCGGCAUGGGGUGGGCGGCGGUAAGGGGGAGGGCAUGGUGGGCGAUGAUGGUUAUGGUCAAGGGCAAGGGCAUCAUGGUGAUGAUGAUGUGACGAAUCAGCGCAAGCAGAGGAGACCCCCUGGACUCUUCCCCUGUCACUUCUUACCCCCUUGUCCCUCCCUGUCGUCUUACCCCCUUGUCCCUCCCUGUCGUCUUACCCCCUUGUCCCUCCCGGUCGUCUUACCCCCUUGUCCCUCCCUGUCGUCUUAUCCCCUUGUCCCUCCCUGUCGUCUUACCCACUUGUCCCUCCCUGUCGUCUUACCCCCUUGUCCCUCCCUGUCAAUGCACUCCAACCGGCAGUCAGCCAAGCGCAGUCGCCUUCGCCGCCAGCAGCUGCUGGAGAAGCUGGAGAUGGAUGCUGCAAAGCUGAGGGUGGAACACAGCGCGUUGUGUCGGAGAGAGGCGGAAGCAACAGAGAGAGCUGCUGAGCUGCAACAGCAGCAAGUGAAGUUGCAGCAGGAGAGGGACGCAGUAUUAGCGAGAGUGAAAGAGCGUGGUUCUGGCAGGCAAUUGCAAGAGCAAGGGCUAUGGGUCCAUUGA